AUGUGCAAGAAGGAAAGUGCAAGAAGGUAUGCUUUGAUGGUUAUGGCCGCUGAGAUCGAUGUCUCUCUAAGUGUUCGCGUUUUCGAGGAGCUGACGUCCAUUAGCUCGUUAGACAAAGGCCUUCUGUCGAUAAAGAUGCGACCAAGCUACAAUGUGAUAGGAGGACACCCUAAUAAGACUUUCGAUUGGCAGAGGUCUUACUUCUAUGUUAAGUCCGACAGUUCCGCUUUCGAGGAUCCUCCGGAUGACGACUACCAGGAUUGGAAUUCAAGUUAUCUUCCCGCGGUUAACACGGUUAAGAGACGGAUCUCGCUGUUCACCAAAGAAGAGCAAAAGAGGAUCAACGAAGCAAGGAGAAUGAAGGGCCUUUCUGAUCUAAGCGUUAUGAUGGCGGCUCAGCUCGUCGAACCAUCGGGGGCUCCUGACGAGGUGGCGGCCACUGAUAUAAUUGAAGCGACUAUUCAGCGUCAGGCUCCUUCUCCCGACGCCUCUGCCACUGCCUCUAAAAAGAAGAAGAAAAAGGAAAAGAAGCAGUCGAGCAAUCGACAGUCUCUUCCGGGAAAGAACGCUGCCUCCCGAGGUACCGAGGUUACUGGUUCCGCUGCUCAAGCUGGCUCGACUGUCGAGCCAUCUCCUAAUCUGGCUCUAAUAGAUGAACCCGGGGAUGCUUCGCCCGUAGUUCAGCUUCAGAAGAAGGAGAGGCGAACGAGUGAGCAGGUAACGACUAGCCGCCAGGUUCUUUCUGCUGCUGUCCCAAGUGUAGCUAGGGAUUCUGCUUCAUCGAUUCCCAGGGCAUCGACUCCCAUCACGUCGGCUGGUGGUGCUCCGGCCGUAAGGACGACUCCGAGGGUCGAGUUUCCAGACCACAUCUCGUUCGAGUACGACGGGCUGACUCCCCUUAUCUAUGCUCCAAAUAGAUGCGUGGAACUGGUCAGUCAGAUCAAAUGCGGACCGAAGCCUCUCCCGCCCGUUGCUGACUUGAUCUUUAAGGACGAGUACGUUGAUGCCGCUCGUACUAAGUUGCUGUGUGAUGGAGUCUCGAACUUUGUUAUUGAGAAGUAUGAUACGGCUCUGAAGGAGGCGCUCUCGGAGUCUGAGAAGCUGAAAAGGACUGUGGCGGCCAAAAGUAGGCUCUUCCGUCGAAAGAGGGCGGAAUGGUAA